AACCCGGAUGUGCCUGGGCCGCCGUGCUGGCAGUCCGGGCGCUGCGAGCGGGGCGCGCUCGGGCUGCCGGCGCCGGGCCGAUGGCGCAGGGCUGGGCGGGCUUCUCCGAGGAGGAGCUGAGGAGGCUGAAGCAGAACAAAGAUCCAUUUGAACCACAACGCCGUCUCCCUGGGAAGAAAACUCGACAACAACUUCAGCGAGAAAAAGCCCUUCUAGAACAAAGCCAGAAACUUGGACUUCAAGAUGGACCAGGCUCAUUACCUCUGGAGCAGCUGCUUUCUGCUCCAAAACAGAGACUUAACACUCAAGAACCACAUUCUCCCUCCCCUACUCUUCCUAGUCCUCUUACAGUCCCCUCUCCUGCUGGUGAUGGAAAACCACAGGGUAUUAAAAGUCAGGGAAGGGAACCAGGACUUGAGAAUUCCCAUGGUGGUCACAAGAAAGUUGAGCUCCUACCUCCAAAGCCAGAUUGCAAAUUGGAGAAAAAGAAAAUGGAAUUGCAAGAAAAAUCUCGUUGGGAAGUCCUCCAACAGGAACAGCGACUAAUGGAAGAAAAAAAUAAACGUAAGAAAGCUCUUUUGGCUAAAGCAAUUGCAGAAAGAUCUAAAAGAACUCAGGCAGAGACCAUGAAAUUAAAGCGGAUCCAGAAGGAGUUGCAGGCUUUAGAUGACAUGGUAUCUGCUGACAUUGGAAUCCUCAGGAACCGGAUCGAUCAGGCCAGCCUGGACUAUUCAUAUGCACAGAAGCGAUUUGACAGGGCUGAAGCUGAGUACAUUACAGCAAAGCUAGAUCUGCAGCGAAAGACUGAGAUAAAGGAGCAACUCACUGAGCACCUUUGCACAAUCAUACAGCAGAACGAGCUUCGGAAAGCCAAGAAGUUGGAGGAGCUGAUGAAGCAGCUGGAUGUGCAAGCUGAUGAGGAGACCUUGGAACUCGAGGUAGAGGUGGAAAGACUGCUUCGUGAACAGGAAGCAGAAGCAGGGAAGCAUGAGGCCCUUGGAGAGAGGUCAUGUCAGUCUGCUGAGGAGAGUGCCAAAGAGGACAGAAAGCCACAGGAGCAGUCUGCUUCCCUGGAGGUAGACAAACAGCGUGGAAGUUCUAGCAGCUUCCCCCAUUUGAGUCCAGACUGCCCAAACCAAGGGGUUAAUGAUGUGCCAACUUCUCUGGCCACAUGAAGUGCCAGUGUUCUUUUUAGCUAAUAUGAUAUUCAGUGAAGUAUAUUCUCUGCAAUAGAUUAUGCCCUGUUCUCUUAAAAGGGCCUCUUUAAAACUUAAUUUUUGAAUCUGUGAUUAGUUUUAGUAGGGUAACAUGUUUGGCCAUUGCAGAGCCCCAAAUGACGAUUGUUUUAUAGCAGGGCAUAUUUCACCCCAAUUUCAACCAGUUGUUCCUUUAACCCUUACUACUGGGUUAAAUAAGUGACUUAAAGGAUGAAGAGCAUGAGACCCUUGACUCAAGCCCCAGCACCACAAAAAGAAGAAAAGGGUAGAAGAAAAAAAUACAUGGUUAAAGUAAUUUUAGACCAAGUAAAUACAAAAAGUAAAUUAAAAAUGACACUCAUUACCUAAUGACACUCAUUUAACUUCUCCUGGGAGAAGUGUUGAAAAUGGAAUGUAAUCAAUUAAAGACACAAAAAUUAAUGCAUAAAGAGUGGAAGAUCAGGUCUUCCUGAUCUUACUAGAGUUGUAAAAUUCAACUUGGAAAUAGUAGGUUAUAUACCAAACUACAUAGUAUAUGCUAUAGUAUAGUGUAUGCUAUAAAGAACAAAACCACUUCAGGCAACAUUACUUUUGUCUUUAAUUUGCCUUUAAAUGGUUUUAGUUUACCAUCUGAAUUUUUGUUAGUUGAUACACACACAUAUAUGUAUAUAAAAGUCCUAUGUAUGUGUAACUUUACUUUUAAUGUAUUCUCUUUUUAAAUAACAGUUGAUCAGGUUAAUUUAGACAGUGAAAACAUUUCUAACAUAAGGCUGAAAAUAAUAUGGAAGAUCUUAUUGCUAUUUUUGAUUUUUCAAAAAAAUUGAUGUAUUUUCUUUCUAAUGUUACUUGUAAAUAUAUGUUUUGUAUGUUGAAUAUAAAUUAUCUGGCAUAAAGCAUUUUAUUACUUUAAUACUUUGUUAAUUACCUGUUGCUAAUACUUGACCACUACAUUGUGCUAUAUGUGAAGAUGUAUAUAAAUAUUGUAGCUUUGUCAUGAAAUCUGUGACUAUUACAUUAAAUUAUGAUCUAUUUAUCAGAAAUUCCCCAAAAUAAAAAUAAUUUCAUCUUAAGUUUUUAAAACAGGAACUACUAUAAAAAGAUAAGAAAGAAUAUAAUGUUAUCUAUAAUAGUUUCUUGAAAAGUUGGGACAUACUAUUUUUAAGUGGGUUUGGUUGAAGAUAUUAUCUUUUGGUAGUUUGGGUGAUAUUUGUACUUGCAUGUAAUUAGUUAAUAGUAUAAUUUUCAUUACUGACCUCUCUCAACAGAAGCAUUUAUAUAGGACCUAUGUUUUUAUUUAUGGGAUAUCAUACAUAAAAACUGAAAGCUUCAUUGCCCACGACAGUCUUAUUUUUUUAAGGAGUAAAUCAGUCUUAUGUAUUUAUAGUAUGACUUUUCAUUUACCCUAAAAACACGAAUUUCAAAAGAUGACUGUUGGGGCGAGGUGUGUCAGUGAUGCAUUUGGGAUCUCCUCCUAGUAGAUACAGUCAUCCAUUUUUGUAUGAGAAUUUAUUAACAAAUAAAGUUCUGUAAUAUUGU